UCCGCGCUCCGUUCCUGCCGCCCGCCUUGGCGCCCCCUGUCAUGGCGGCGCCCAGGGAGGAGACACGUGGCCUGUUCGGCCAGGGGGUCCGGGCGGUGCUGGGCAGCUGGGCCGCGCUGCAGAUCGCGGUGGAACAUGGCUUCGGCGGCACCCACGGCCGGGAGAAGGCCGAGUGGAUGGUGGGCGCGGUGGAGCAGUAUUUCCACAGCAACGCGGCCCUGGAGCCGGAUGAGGUGGAGGAUUUCCUCGCUGAGGUGCUGAACAACGAAUUCGACACCAUCAUUGAGGAUGGCAGCUUGGCUGAGGUGAGCCAGCAGCUCCAGUCGCUCUUCACUCACUGCCAGCGUGGCGAGGGGCUGGCCCUGACAGAAGCCAUCGCCCGGCUCACACAGCGGCAGCAGGAGGUGGGCAGGGCAGCCACCCAGGCCCGAUCCGCCGAGGGGAGCAGCAGCGAGGAGGAGGAGGAGGAAGAGGAGAGGCCGGAGGAGGUGAUGGACUGCGGCAGCCCCGGGCCUCCCCCGGCAGAGGACGGCUGGACAGUCGUACGGAAGAAAAAGAAAUGAGGGGGGACCCCCCCCAUGGCACGAGGGGGCUUUGUGGCAGGGGAAUAAACCCAGUGUAGCCACAA